GAGCACCGGCGCUCAGAACGCUUCAGAGACACACACACACACACACACGAGCACCGGUGGACACUUUAGACUAUGAUCGCCUCUGGCGCUCCAGAGAUCUGCUCUUCAUCCUGCGAGAGGACUGCCUGACACACACACACACACACACACACACACACACGCACACACACACACACGAGCGCGGGGGACAUGCUUUGCAGGGGAGUGGUCAGCGUCCUGCAGAAGAGUUCCUGAAGGAUUCCACCCUAGGAUUACAGAACCGCUCUGGACACACACACACACUCACGUUCUGGAGAUCAUUCUCACACACACACACACAUGCUCUGCGGUCUGCUCCUUCUCGCACACACACUCGUACACACACACACUCGUACACACACACUCGUACACACACGCACUGGAGUUCCUGCUGAGAGGCUUAGCUGUGAGUCCGGGAAUGAGGGCAAGCCAGGAGAUGUCCCUGUGAAAGCUGGACCUCACCACUAGAGUACCAUAGAGAUCUUCAGGAUCCUCUCCACCGAGGGACGACCACAGAGUUCUUCAGGGUUGAGAUGGGGAGGCGGGUUCUUGUGUUUCUCCUGCUGCUGCUCAUCCUGGGCGUGGCCCAGAGCAGGCGGGGCGGAGGCCGGGGGGGGCGCGGUUUGGUCAGGGGGCGUGGCCGAGCCGGAGCUGCCAAGCGCUCCGCCGCCGCGUCGGACUGCAAGGAGUACGUGGAGGCGGGGGAGAAGUACCUGGACUGCCAGGACCGCGGGCUGAGCUCCGUGCCGACGGGCCCCGAGGACGUGCACCACCUGAUCCUGGCGCGGAACCGGCUCCAGGUGCUGCGGGACGGGGCGUUCGCCCACCUGACCCAGCUGCGCUCCCUGGACCUGCAGCAGAACCGGAUCUCCACCGUGGAGGACGGCGCCUUCGCGGGCCUGGAGACGCUGAGCACGCUGCUGCUGCAGCACAACCGUCUGAGCGCGCUCAGCGAGGAGGCGCUCAUCGCCAUGCCCCGCCUGCGCUACCUGCGCCUCUACGCCAACCCCUGGCGCUGCGGCUGCGCCCUCGACAGCCUGGUGCGGACGCUGCAGGUGCCCUCCGCCCGCCAGCUGGGCAACUACGCCAAGUGCGACGAGCCGCAGGCGCUGCGCGGCCACAAGCUCAAGAAGCUGAAGGCGGAGCUUCUCUGCGAGCCGUCGCCCGUUGAGAGGGACCCUUCCUCCUCCUCGCCAGCAGGGGGCGCUGCUCCUAAACCGCUGGCCAAACCGCAGGACGCCACCAGCCUCUGCCACACCUACAUGAUCCCCGCGCCGCGGCUCGACUGCACCAGCCGAGAUCUGAAGUACGUCCCUGCAGACAUCACCGCUGACAUCGUGAAGAUGGACCUGUCGUGGAACAGCCUCCAGCAACUCAAGGCACGGGACUUUGUGGCGGCGAAAGACCUGAAGAUGCUGAACCUCAGCAGUAACAGUCUGGAGAACAUCGACACUGCUGCGUUCGCGGGGCUGCUGUACCUGAGGGAGCUGGACCUCUCCAACAACAGCCUGCAGUUCUUCAAGUACGGCGUCCUGGAGGACCUGUACUUCCUGAAGCGGCUGCUCCUGGGCGGGAACCCGUGGCGCUGCGACUACAGCAUCCACUACCUGGUGUACUGGCUGAAGCACCACCCGGGCGUGGCCCACUCCGGCCUGGUGUGCAGCGAGCCGCAGGAGUUCCGCGGCUGGCUGGUGGAGGACUACGUCAAGACCUACAACGCAGACUGCCCCAAGGACUGGCAGCUGGGCGGGCCCCACUCGGACGGCGGCGGCGAUCCGGCCGCCGCCGGGGGGGGGGCCAAUCAGGACACGGCAGCGCAGGAGCUGAAGGCGGAGACAGAGGAGGAGCCUGUAGGGUUGCUGCCCAGCCCACUGAGGAUGCGCAAGACAUUUGAGAUCAUACGCCUCAGUUAGACACACACACACACACACACACACACGCCUCAGUUAGACACACAGACACACACACACACACACAC